UGUGCAAGCCCCGGCUAUAUAUACCUACCUACCAAGUACCAAACCCCCGUCCAUUGCCGCCGCAUCCUUCCGUCUCUCUGCUGACUGCCACAAGAGAGGAUGGACAAGAACGCCGGGGCAGCGCCGGAAGACGUCGAGACGGGCGAGCACGAGCGGAAAGGGACGGUAUGGACGGCGACGGCGCACAUUGUGACGGCGGUGAUCGGGUCCGGCGUGCUGGCGCUGGCGUGGAGCGUGGCGCAGCUGGGCUGGGUGGCGGGUCCCCUCGCGCUGGCGGGCUUCGCGUGCGUCACCUACUACACCUCCACGCUGCUCGCCAACGCCUACCGCGCCCCCGACCCCGUCACCGGCGCCAGGAACCGCACCUACAUGGACGCUGUUCGAUCCUACCUCAGUCCCAGGGAGGUGUUCAUGUGCGGCAUCGCCCAGUACGUGAACCUGUGGGGCACCAUGGUCGGCUACACCAUCACCGCGACCAUCAGCAUGGUUGCGAUCAGGAGGUCGGACUGCGUGCACCGGGACGGCCAGGACGCGCGCUGCGACUCGUCCGGCACCGGGCUCAUGCUGGCGUUCAGCCUGGUCCAGGUGGUGCUGUCCCAGUUCCCGGGGCUGGAGCACAUCACUUGGCUGUCGAUCGUCGCGGCGAUCAUGUCGUUCGCCUACUCCUUCAUCGGCCUCGGGCUCUCGGCCGCGGAGUGGGCGUCGCACGGCGGCCACGCCGGCGGGAGGAUACAAGGCGCGGCCGCGGCGUCGUCAAGCAAGAAGGCAUGGGAUGUGCUUCUCGCCCUGGGGAACAUCGCGUUUGCUUACACGUUUGCGGAAGUGCUGAUUGAGAUCCAGGAUACACUCAAGUCGCCGCCAUCGGAGCACAAGACAAUGAAGAAGGCAGCAAUGUAUGGAAUCGGAGCCACCACCGUAUUCUACAUCUCCGUUGGCUGCGCCGGGUAUGCUGCAUUUGGUUCAGAUGCCCCGGGAAACAUCCUGACGGCCCCUGGAUUAGGACCCUUCUGGCUCGUCGACAUCGCCAACAUGUGCCUCAUCCUCCACCUCAUUGGCGCAUACCAGGUCUAUGCACAGCCCAUAUUUGCGACAGCGGAGAGGUGGAUCGCCUCCCGGUGGCCUGAUACCAAGUUCAUCAGCAGCGCGUACACCGUCAGCAUCCCGCUCAUGGAGCGAGGCUCCGUGACCGUCGCGCCUUACAAGCUCGUCCUGCGGACCGCCGUGGUUGUGGCGACAACGGUGGUGGCGAUGAUGAUACCCUUCUUCAACGCGGUGCUGGGGCUCCUCGGCGCCUUCAGCUUCUGGCCGCUGACCGUCUACUUCCCCAUUAGCAUGCACAUUGCCCAGGGGAAGAUCAAGGGGAGCAAGUGGUAUCUCCUGCAGUGUUUGAGCAUGAUCUGUUUGAUGAUCUCUGUGGCAGUGGGUAUAGGCUCUGUGACAGACAUUGUUGAUAGCCUGAAGGUCUCCAGCCCUUUCAAGACUGUCAGCUAGAGAUGUUCUUGCGCUCGUAGAGGCACACGGCUCAGUUGGAAAAGAGUGUAGGCUGUAGAGGCACACGGCUCGGUUGGAAAAGAAUGUAGGCUGAAAAUGCGCACUGUAUCAAUUUUCUCUGAUGUUCACGUAGCUAGUACUGUAGUGCAACACAAAAGGCUUCUAUAGAUUUACCGAGAGGCUAUAGUGAUCCACUAUAUGAAACCCUGCUCCCUAACACGGGCCAUUUGCACAGAUUUUGGUACGCACACGAAGGAACCAUGAGGUAGAAAUUAUUAGACGCAAUAAAGUUUGCUACACAUUUUUCUGCUCAGGCUCAUAUCAAAAUGCUCAGUUCAAGACACUACGCGCAGUAUACGAAGUGACUUACAAGUUACUAGUGCUGUAGUGCAACACAAAAGGCUUCUAUAGAAUUACCGAGAGGCAAUAAUUUUGAAAGAUGUAUCCA